GCUUAAGGAAGUAAAAUGGCGGAUCUGGCGAACGAAGGUAGGGGAGGCGCCGUCGGGGACCAGCUGGCGGCCAGCGAACGGGCGGGGGAAGGUCCAGAGGCCACAGGCCCGAGGGAAAAGCCUGCCAUUGCUCCGCCCGUCUUUGUGUUUCAGAAGGAUAAAGGACAAAAGUCCUCUGCAGAGCAAAAAGACUUGUCGGAUUCGGGAGAGGAGCCUCGGGGGGAGGCUGAGGCUCCCCACCAUGGCACAGGUCACCCCGAGUCAGCUGGUGAGCAUGCUCUAGAGCCUCCUGCCCCUGCUAGCGCUUCAGCCAGCGCUCCUGAAGCCCAGCUUCCUCCUUUUCCACGAGAACUGGCAGGGAUUAUAGGUGGAGAAGAUUGUGAACUCUCAAGAACAAGAAAUGUCUUGAGAGUUUGGAGUUUGAUUAAGUUGGGAAAGAACAGAAGCUUUCCAUACCUGCAUUCCCAUCCUGGGUUAGAUGUUAUCCCCGAUUUUGUACUUGGUGACAGGGACUUACACGCCUCCCAGAAUGAGCUGCUUCCCUGGAGGACCCAGUGGCUUCUGAGGGGAGAGGACUGCCGCUACCUGUCCCUGCCAGCUGGCAGGGCUUCCAGUGCCACCUUGAAGCACUCGAGGUCAGCUGGCGGCUCCAGCCCUGAAGGUGGAGAAGAUUCUGACCGAGAAGAUGGAAAUUACUGUCCUCCUGUCAAGCGAGAAAGGACGUCCUCUUUAACCCAGUUCCCACCUUCACAGUCAGUAUCAAAAAACAAUGUUUUUAUGCCAUCAACCUUCUGCGAGCCAUCUGCAGGCAAUUCUGACUCAGAACCAGAGGAAAAGAGCAGUGGGUUCCGGUUGAAGCCACCAACACUGAUCCAUGGCCAGGCACCCAGCGCAGGUCUGCCAAGCCAGAAGCCCAAGGAGCAGCAGCGGAGCGUACUUCGCCCAGCAGUGUUACAAGCCCCACAGCCAAAGGCACUCUCACAGGCCGUCCUGAGCAGUGGUACCAAUGGGCUCAGUGUCCCAGCAGACUGCACAGGAACAGCGACAUCGACAUCACCCAACAACCCCACACGGAGAAGUCCACCUGACGAGGCUCCUGCACCUGAGGAGAAAGAGCCCCAGAAAAACGAGUCUAACAAUACUUCUGAAGAGGAUACACGUGAGAAAAAAGAGCAAGUCGCACAGCAAGCAUUUGUGUUUGGGCAGAACUUGAGGGACAGAGUUAAGUUAAUAAAUGAGAACACUGAAGCAGCUGACAUGGAGAAUGCCGGUCCUCCCAGUUCAGAAACACCAACCGCAACCAACUAUUUCCUUCAGUAUAUCAGCUCCAGUUUAGAGAACUCAACCAAUAGUGCCGAUGCCACCAGCAACAAAUUUGUAUUUGGCCAGAACAUGAGCGAACGCGUAUUGAGCCCACCCAAAUUAAAUGAGGUCACUUCAGAUGCCAACAGGGAAAACUCAGCUGUCGAGUCCGGGUCUGAGUCUUCGUCCCAGGAGGCCACCCCUGAGAAAGCUAAUAACAUUACAGAGUCCCUGGCUGAAUCGGCAGCUGCCUAUACCAAGGCAACAGCACGGAAGUGUUUGUUGGAAAAAGUGGAAGUCAUCACCGGGGAGGAGGCAGAGAGCAACGUGUUACAGAUCCAGUGUAAGCUGUUUGUCUUUGACAAGACCACGCAGUCGUGGGUGGAGAGAGGUCGGGGGCUGCUCAGACUCAACGACAUGGCAUCAACUGACGAUGGGACAUUACAGUCCCGACUAGUGAUGCGGACCCAGGGUAGCCUGCGGCUGAUCCUCAACACCAAGCUCUGGGCCCAAAUGCAGAUUGACAAAGCCAGUGAGAAGAGCAUUCGCAUCACAGCCAUGGAUACCGAGGACCAGGGUGUGAAGGUCUUCCUUAUCUCGGCCAGCUCCAAGGACACAGGCCAGCUGUAUGCUGCCCUGCACCACCGCAUCCUAGCCCUGCGCAGCCGUGUGGAGCAGGAACAGGAGACCAGAACACCUGUCCCUGAGCCUGGUGCGGCCCCAUCUAAUGAGGAUGACAGUGAUGAUGAUGAUGUCCUAGCUCCAUCGGGGGCCACAGGAGGCGGUGCUGACAACGAAGGAGAUGGGCAGACAGCCGGGAGCACAUAGCGCCGGGAGCUGGCCGCCCAGGAGCCUGCUGCUUUAUCCGUCUGUCCACCCACCCACCCGCCCUUCCUCGGCAGUGUUGAGGCGUGGGGCCUGGGAACCACACUCCCCGCUGGGUUGGCCACAGUCCGGAUCCGCACGGCCCGUUCAGAAGCAGAUUCGGGAACUGCCUGAAUGUGGUUUGGGACACGAGACCUCAUCAUAUUGAUGAGCAAAACAAAAAGAACAUUUCUUCCCUCCCCCCUUUGAAUUGAAAUGGCACAUUAAGACUUGUCACGGCUUCUCACUGGGACUGGAACGCCUGGUUUCUUCACCCCUCUCAUGUCGCCGCCACACCCGUGGGUCCUGCCACCUGCCCAGGCUACCAGGUCUGUUUCCACAAGUGUAAACACUGGCCCUGCUGGACGUUAUGCUAACUACUAUCUUUAUCUCCCCUUUCCCACCUUCUGAUUUGGGGUGUAUAUUUUUAGAUUUUUUCCCCCCAAGGCUUUAUUUUGGAUUUCUUAGAUUAAGAUGCUCCUGUGUGUUGAGGAGGCACAGUUCCAGCAUCCUCAUUCUUCCUAAGGUCACAGCUUGUGUGCUGGAGCCUUACUGAGGAGCUAGGGGUGCUCUGAAGGCCCCAACUUGUUCCCCACCCAAGGUUCAUCCAGGCUAUCAUGGGAUGUUGAGGGGUAGGCCUCAUGCCUAGAGAGAGCUUAUCUAGAAAAGGGUCACUGGAUCUCGGCGCAAGGGGGCUGGUUUCCUAGAUCCCCUCUCACCCAUUGCCUGGAGGGUGACAUCUUGAUGUGGAAACCUGACUCCAAGGGAUGGGGUGCCUUCCAGAGUGGGGACCUGAUGGCAAGGCCACUACUUCCCACAGGCACUCAGAACAAAGGGAUGGGCAGAUGACCAGAAGUACGUAGCAUCCUCCCCUCCUGUUUGUCCCCAUCUCAUGGGUCAUCCAUCAUCAGGUACCCGGGCACAGACCUGCUUCCUGCUGUUGGCCAUUCCUUGCCCAGCCUGGAUGGUCACCACCCCCAAUACUAUUCAUCCAGAGCCAGUGGCCUUCGUGACAGACAGAGUGGGUCCCUAGCAGGGCCUUUAAGGAGUGGCAGGGGAUUGGUUCCAGACAACAGGCUGCUGUCCCAACCCUCGAAGCAAGCACAGGAAUGGGUGCUGUGCCUACGCCACCCCAGAGAAAGGCCAAGAGCCCAGCUGGGUACUGCCUGCUGACAAAGAAGGUCCCCUCUGCAUGGGCCCUGAGGGAUUUCCGAAGAAAUGACACAGCCCACUCUCACAGGGAGGAAAACAGCCUGGUCUCCGCAGCUGUGCCACCCACACCUUGGGACUGUUUGCAGCCUGAGCCAUGGGAAGACACCAAAGCCCCCCACCCUGCCGCCCCCCCAGCAGAUCUGGCCACACUUCUCUGCUUUACGCCUUAGCCAACUAGUGACAAGUAAAACCAGAUAAUGCCCAUGUGUUUUGGAACAUUUAUGUAAGAUUGUCAUAUGAAAUGUAUUUGGGAACUACAUUAAAACUUUUAACUAAACCCCUGGGCCCCUGCC